AAAUGAUUCUACCAAGGCGACAUCAAUUCUCGAAGGCCCGCAAAAAGUCUGGAAAUAAAUUCCCUUAAUUGCCAAGUAAAGCAGGUGGACUCUCUCUCUCCUUCCUCACUCUCUCUCUCUCUCAAACAAAAACAAGAAGAAGCUCUUCCAUGGAGUUGGGAACGCCAAUACUAAUAUAUCUCUUUAAAUGAGUCCCUCUCUCUCUCAUAUUUUUUGCAGCUUUAAAUUUUCUUGUUUGAGUCACUGAAUUUCUUGUUUACUCAUUACUGUAGUGCCUCUUUACCUCUAUUUACUUCUCUGCUUCCAUUUCAAUGGAUACCAAUUGACCAUGAACAUGUCUACUUGUUUCUUGAGAGGUUUUUUUCGUUAUAUUUACAUGUUUCCACACAUUUCUCUCGUUUUUCGUCUGUAUGGCUACUGGGUGUUCUGAAAUUGAAGAUUACACAAUUUUAUUGGGACUCAAAGAGUAGAUAUGAUGGUGGAUUUUUUUCGAUUUUGUACAGUGCUAAUGGAAAAAAUCUUUAAUGGUUAUGCAUACUCUGAUAAGUAAAAAGUUCAUUCGAGGCUUUGGGAAUUACAAUUCGAGGUGGUCGUUGGGUAGAAGUGUAGAACAGGGAUAGAUUUUUGGGCUUUUAGUUUGGUGGGUUUGUGUGUUCUAAUGGAGUCUUGGAGUUAUGUUUCUGAGGGAAAGGGUUUUGUAUCUGAUGAAGCUAUUUCAGGUACUGAUGCGAUUUUGAGAGGUAAAAAACAGUUUAUGGAUUGGGAAUUGAAAACCCCAUGUAGCUAUGGAAGCAAUAUAGUAGUCUCAGGUCAAGAGGGCAUUGAGAAUCAGGGAUUUGUGAAAUUGGGUUUCUCAGAAAUGACGAGAAAAUCGUUGCCCAAUCACUCAAUUGGGGAUGUUUGGAGUAGUAGUGGUGGUGGAAGAAUGAUUAAUCCAAUUGGGUCUACACCAAAUGCAUUUUCCGGGGAGGAGGAGUCCAGUUCGAAGCUAUCGAGCUCGGUUGUGGAAUCGAACAGUCGUGAUUCAUCGCUUAUUGAUUUGAAGUUGGGGAGGUUUGCUGAUCAUAGAGAUGCUAAUGUUCUUGAUUUUGUGAAGACAACUCCCAUGGUCUCUGCAUCUGAGUCAUCUAUGCCGGGGAAGAGGGCGAGAGCAAUAGGUUUAAGUUCUCAUAUUCCCUUUUGCCAAGUGCAGGGUUGUAAGAAAGAUCUAAGCUCCUCUAAAGACUACCACAAGAGGCAUAAAGUUUGUGAGGUUCACUCAAAGACCGCCAAAGUUAUUGUCAAUGGCAUUGAACAAAGGUUUUGUCAGCAAUGUAGCAGGUUCCAUUUGCUGCCUGAAUUUGAUGAUGGUAAGCGCAGCUGUCGUAAACGUCUUGCAGGCCAUAAUGAGCGUCGAAGGAAGCCUAAUGUGGGUAUUCACUCUGGCAGAACUGGGAAGUUGUUUCAGCCAUAUAAUGGUUCUGCAGAUAGUAGGUUUCAGGGAACCACAUUAACAGCAACGUCUUUUAUUUGCCAAGAUAUACUCCCUAGCAGCCUAAUGCAUUCGCAGAAAUCUGAGACAAAUGACUGGUGCAGGCAUAUGAAAAUUGAAGAUGGGGCUGAUUAUAGUCCCCAAUCAGCUAUUCCCAUCAGAAAUGGACACUUGCAUCCAAAAUCCAUUUUGCCUUGUUAUGCUUUUGAAAAACAAUCGCCUACUAUCCAGUUGAAUGGAGUCAAUACUACAGCAGCAAGCAGUUUUAAUGUGAACAGUUACCAAUACCCAAAUGAUCUCAUGGGUUCCAACAACUUGAUAGGAAGUGAAGGCUUCACUGGUUUCGACUCAGCAUCAACUGUUCAAGGGCUGCCAGAGAUGUCAGACUCUGGUCGUGCUCUCUCUCUUCUGUCAUCUCAAUCACAUAAUUCUUCAAGCCACUCGUCAAGAAUUCCAAUGGCUCAUCCCCUAAUUAUACCACACAACCAUGUUCAUAAUGAUGCAAGUCAAGUAUCUGGAAGGAUUUUGGGAGUUGGGUUGCAGGCUUCAGCUAGUAGAGUGUCAAAUAAGUUCCAUUUGACUCAGAUGAAUUCCGCAGAGGAGAAUCACACGGGUCCCAUCAUUAUUUCUGAUGAUAGUGAUGUUAUCAACUUUGGAAUCUCUGAUGGAAUUUUCCAAGGGUCAGAAUACAUGAAUGUCAAGGACCGUCUUUCUUGUGAAGAUGGGCCCACAAUCAAUUUGCUUCAAUUGUCGUCACAGCUUCGGCGAGUUGAACAUCAAAGGCAAUCCGUGCAGGUGAAGCAGGAAAAUGAUGCUUUCUAUGGUCACAGAAUCACUUAAGUGGUCUAGGGACAAGGGGAGUCACCGAAACAUGCAGCAACUAGGGAAAAAGCUACAUCCAGCCUUCUCAAGUAACACUCAUGGGAGCGCUUGGAAGCCGUUGUGAAGAACCUUUGGCUUCUAUUGUAACCCUCUCAGCUUCUGCCAAGUACCUAUUACCAUCUACUGGUACUCGAUUAUAUCUAUAUAAUUAAGAAAUCAACUCCUUUUGUUUUUAUAACUGAAGACUCUUGACUUCAUUCUCACUUGAGUAUUAACUUGUGAGUUCCUUAAUUUGCUUAAAUCUUA